CCGCCGCUCGCCCCGCCCCGGAUAUCCGGCCUGAUCCCAUCCCGGCCUCGGGGCUAUGGCGCUUUGCGAGGGGUUGGGCGGCGGCAGCUCUCUGCUCUGGCCUCGGGUGCUGCUCUUCGGAGAUUCCAUCACCCAGUUUUCUUUCCAGCAGGGUGGAUGGGGCGCGUCCCUGGCUGACAAGCUGGUCAGGAAAUGUGACGUUCUGAACCGCGGGUUUUCGGGCUACAACACUAGAUGGGCCAAAAUCAUCCUCCCGAGACUCGUCAGGAAGGGGAGCGUCCUGGACAGCCCGGUGGCCGUCACGGUUUUCUUCGGGGCCAAUGACAGCGCGCUGAAAGACGAGAACCCCAAGCAGCACAUCCCCCUGGACGAGUACGCGGCGAACCUGCGGAGCAUGGUGCAGUACCUGCGGUCCGUGGACGUGCCCGCCAGCAGGGUCAUCCUCAUCACGCCGCCCCCGCUCUGCGAGGCCGCGUGGGAAAAGGAGUGCCUCGCGCAAGGCUGCAAGUUAAACCGCCUGAACAUGGUGGUUGGCGAGUACGCCAGCGCCUGCUUACACGUAGCCCGGGACUGCGGGACGGACGCGCUGGACCUGUGGGCCCUGAUGCAGAAGGAUGGCCAGGACUUUUCAUCCUAUCUGUCGGACGGACUGCAUCUCUCACCGAAGGGAAACGAGUUUCUGUUCUCCCACCUCUGGCCCCUGGUCGAGAAGAAAGUCUCCUCCCUGCCGCUGCUGCUCCCCUACUGGCGGGACGUCGCCGAGGCCAAGCCCGAGCUCAGUCUCCUUGGUGACGGGGACCACUAGGCGCAGGAGGGGAAGGCUGCGACGCUGCGGAACGAGACGUCCCCACGCACCAGAACCCAGGACAACUGACCGACCACGUACUUUUUUCUCAAGCUUAAGCCUUUGCUCACGACCCUGGAACCAAACCACCGCCGUGGGAAACCACGGUUAAUAAAAGCACUGUCCCGA